GUGCACAAAACACAACCGCGACAUGUUUUUGUCCAUUCUAUGACUCGGUUACCCGGUUCGACCAAAAUCAUAAUAAAAAUAUUUUAUCAAUAAUCAUAAUGACAAUUUCGUAUUGGCAUAUUUUGGCAUUUAGUAUUUUACUAUUUACCAUUUGGCGGUAAAGUGUAGCUCACCCGGUCACCCGUGCUCGUCGUCGCCAGUUUACACUAACUUACGACUCACGACUUCACGAGUCGCGAUAUCGUUAUUGCGUUAAAGCGUGUCGGUUACGCGCUCAAAAGGAAAUUGCUGAAAUAUAAUGACAAUUUUAUCGUUAUUUGUUUCCUCCUUGCCGUUUAUUUGACGCAUUAUAAUAUGUAUAAAUAUAAUCUAUUAUUUGGUUGCACGAGAGCUAUUUAAAGCGGCCGACGUCAGCGUAACUUUCUAUAUGCAGAAUAUGCUUUCGACGUUGGCAUCUGGCCACUGUCCGAUCGUCUGUUGUCUGUUGUCGUCGGCCACCGUAGCUCACGGCUGACGACUACGGCGCGGAAGGGUGGAUCAUUGUUCAGAGGUUCAGAUUGUUCUGAGCUCAGUCGUCCGACGUGAGCGAGUGCCGCGUGAUCAUGUUCCCAUCAGAGGGAUUUUUCCGGAACGUGUUCUUCCAGCCCUACAACGACCGRGGCUCGGCUAAAGUGAUUAACUCGGCCAAGAAUAGUAUGCAUUUUGUACAACGUCUUGAUUUGGAAAAAAUUUUGGAAACUCAUCGUGGAUGUGUGAAUUCUGUGAGUUGGAACGAUUCUGGAUCUUUAUUACUUACAGCUGGUGAUGAUAAACACAUAGUCAUUACUAAUCCAUUCUCAUAUAAUGUUCUUGUUGAUUUUAAAACAAAACAUAAAACCAAUAUUUUUUGUGCAAAAUUUUUACCAACGUCAGACAACCGUAUAAUUUCAUGUGGUGCAGAUGGUUCUAUUCUCAAUCUUGAUUUGGAAAGACCAGAGGAAACAGAGUGGAAUUUCUUUACUUGUCACUGUAGUCAAUGCUAUAAACUAGAAACAAUACCCAACGAACCUAAUAUAUUUCUAAGCUGUAGUGAAGAUGGUACAGUUCGCCAAUAUGAUCUCAGAACUGGUGCUAAAUGUACCAUACAACAUUGCAAUGAUCAUGAACUCAUUGAUUGCGGUAAACCUGUUUCUACCAUUGCGAUAAAUCCAGUUAAACCUUAUCAACUUGCGAUUGCCACAAUAGAUAGCAUAGUUAGAAUAGUUGACAGAAGAAAAAUUAUGAAAAAUAAUUUAUUUCAAAAUAUUGUUCCUGAAUUUUCCUUUACUGUUCCUCAUUUAAAUCAUCGUGAUUAUCGUGUAACAUCACUUUCAUACUCACCUGAUGGCAGAGACRUGCUUGCCAGCUAUUCCCAUGAAGAAAUAUAUCUGUUUAGCCUCAGUAAAGAUUCUUGUACAACAGCAGUUGCUAACGACUUUUUAGAAAAUGCUCCAAGUCCACCGCCAUACAGACGGAUAAGAUUAAGAGGUGACUGGACAGAUACUGGUCCUUUAUCUCGACCAUCUACUGAUAAUACUGAUAAUCUUUCAACGUCAAUAAUACAGUCUCAAAUUAUGGAUCGAAUGAAUGAAAUGCUGAUUAAUGURUUAAACACACCAUUAUAUUCUGUCUUUUUACGAAAUUGGAGAUCAAAUUAUUCUCCACCAGUUUCAGCAUCUUUGAGACAUAUUAAUAGUACAAUUGAACCACAAGGUGAAUCAGACGAAUUUGAUGUUCAUCACAAUGAUGAUAGUAACCUAAACUAUGAAAGAAUGGCUCUUGAAGUCGCCAGAUCAAAUGAAAAUAAUAUUGAACAGUCUACUUCAAAUAGCUAUUACCAAAAAGUUAAAAAUAAAUCAAAUACUAAUAAAAAACCUCCAGUAUUUGAUGAUUUUGUUGCACUYCAAGCAAUUAAAGCACAGUAUAAAGGUCACAGAAAUGCUAGAACUUUAAUUAAAGAGGCAACAUUCUGGGGCAAUGAUUUCAUUAUGUCAGGCAGUGAUUGUGGACAUGUGUUUGUAUGGGAUCGCUAUACAUGUGAAAUAGUGAUGUUGCUAAUGGCAGAUGCUCAUGUAGUUAAUUGUAUUCAACCACAUCCUAGUAGGCUUUUAUUAGCAACUUCUGGCAUUGAUCAUAAUGUUAAACUCUGGAGUCCAAAAAGUGUUGAUGUAAUGUUUUUUCAAUCRUUUGCUACAGAGGUAAAAACUAAAAAACCUAUGUGGUCAUAUGGCAUCCAAAUUUGGGGUUCAGAAGAAGAAGMUACUAAGAUAGAAGCUGAAAAGAUACAAUUAGCAAAACAGUGGGACAAACCGCGGAAAAACUGGGUAAAGUGUGAAAAUGUGGACACCAAGUUUGAYGAUUCUAUGGAUGUUGAUGUCGAUGAACAGGAGCAAGGAAUGAAUCAAGGACAAGGACAGGAGCAGGAACAUCGGGAACGAUGUGGGAGUUAUGGAGGCGGARGGGGUAUCGAUAGUGUCGCCUUCGCAGUCGCGCCCUUCCCAUACCGUUGUGCCACCAAGAAUCCUGUUAAAUUACACUGUCAACCAUCAAUACAACACACCCUUUGUCCAUCGUAG